CUCCUGCUGACGUCACACGCGGACCGGAAACAGUCAGGUGGAAUGCCGGAAAUUCCUUUUGUUGACUGUCGGUUAUUUGUUUUUCGGCGUCUCUUUAGAACUUAUCGAACAGCUCUUCUUCUCUAGCUUCCAUCCUCGUGUAACACAUUGAGUCUUGGCGCGUCGACAGCAGAGAGUUCGGUCGUGUUGGACUUGAGCGUUUCACACAGACACGAACCAGUGUCUCCGUCUAAGUCGGGCCCGAGGCUGGGCUAACUUUAGCCUAGCAUUCACCCAAGUCCGACUAGCUAGCGUUAGCUGUCACUCCAGCUGUCUCAAAAGUCAGCUGUUCACUCGAUUAACUAAUUAAUAAGUGCGGUUGAAACAAACACUCGAAAGCCAUGGCGGUCGUCAACGAAGGAGCCCUGAAGAAAAUGCUGAAGCAAUACAAAUAUAGAGAUCUGACUGUUCGCGAGAUAACAAAUGUCAUCUCCCAGUACAAGGACUUGAAGCCAGUUAUGGAUGCUUAUGUUUUUAACGAUGGCUCCACAAGAGACCUGAUGAGCUUGACAGGCACCGUCCCAGUGAGCUACAGAGGCAAUAUCUACAACAUCCCGGUGUGUCUGUGGCUGCUGGACACGUAUCCAUACAACCCUCCCAUAUGUUUUGUCAAACCUACCAGUGCCAUGAUGAUCAAAACUGGCAAGCACAUCGACGCCAAUGGCAAGAUCUACCUGCCUUAUCUGCACGAGUGGAAGCACCCUCAGUCAGAUCUGUACGGUCUGAUUCAGGUGAUGAUUGUGGUCUUUGGAGAGGAGCCUCCCGUGUUUUCCCGCCCCACCACACAAGCUCCCUACCAGGCCUUCCAAGCAGCUGGACCCCCUAACCCUUCCUACAUGCCUGGCAUGCCGGCAGUAUCAUCCUACGGCCCAAAUCCUAACCCAGGCGGCUACCCAGCAUAUCAGUACCCAGGGAGCAACUCUUAUCCGGCCACAGCUGGACCGGCACACUACCCAUCCCAGCCUCCAGUUUCCACAGUGGGCCAGAGCAGAGAUGGCACCAUCGGCGAGGACACCAUCCGUGCAUCUCUGAUUUCAGCGGUGAGUGACAAGCUUCGCUGGAGGAUGAAGGAGGAGAUGGACAGAGCUCAGGCGGAGCUGGAUGCCCUGAAGCGAACGGAGGAGGAUCUGAAGAAGGGACAUCAGAAACUGGAAGAGAUGGUGUCAAGGCUCGACCAGGAAGUGACUGAGGUCGACAGAAAUAUCGAGCUGCUGAAGAGAAAGGACGAGGAGCUGAGUGAAGCCUUGGAGAAGAUGGAGAACCAAUCAGAGAACAAUGACAUUGACGACGUCAUUGUGCCUACAGCGCCGCUGUACAAACAGAUCCUGAACCUUUAUGCUGAAGAAAACGCAAUCGAGGACACCAUCUUCUACCUGGGAGAGGCCCUGCGCAGGGGCGUCAUAGACCUGGAGGUUUUCCUCAAGCAUGUACGCCUUCUGUCCAGGAAGCAGUUCCAGCUCCGUGCCCUCAUGCAGAAAGCCCGCAAGACUGCCGGCCUUAGUGACCUCUACUGACCGACACCAACUACCUGGAAAUCAUUCAUAUCUUUAUCACCUCUCACUCUCUUCAUCCUCUCUUUUAUCCCCUUUUUAACGUCUUCUCAUAGAGCGCUGCCUUCAUUUUAAUCUUUAUAAUAUCUGUUCUUGUGAGACAGAAAUCUGAGCGGCAGCAACAGUGAGUCACAAAACAUACUGGCCUCUCUUGUUUAGCACAGCGAUAUUUUCCAACUGUGUGUCCAUCACCGUAUUUUGAUCAGACCAAAUACUUGAUUGAGGUCCCUACGCGUUAACGUUCACGACUCAUUUGCGAGACAUGACAGCAUUAACAUUACCCCCCCCCCCCCUUCCAAAUAUAAAUAAAAAAAAUCACUGUGACCUCUGUGAUAACCAGCCACUGCGAUUCACACAAAAACAGUGAGGUGCGAGUCUGUUGUGCGUUUGCCCUGCGUGUGGUGUGACUGGGUCGGGCACACAGCCAGUUAGUGUGUCGACCUGUAUGUAUUGCACUGCAGGGUGGCCCACAGGUUCUCUGCCAGAAACAAAGUCAUUUGGUGAGUAAGCACAAAUUGUUAGGGGCUAGUAGAGAGGGGCUUUGUAGCAAGCCCCAUGUACCCACGCUGUUCAUAAUGAAAAGGUUAAGCUCUGAUAUAAAUACCCGGGGCAACCUUUCAGGGAGGACCAGGGUCAGCCUCAGGAUUAAAUGCUGUAUGAGGUGCGGGGUCGUGUUCAGUGUGGAGACAAAGUGAUGCUGAAUGUGGGUCUGAACUGUGUUUUUCUUGUUUGAAUCUGUUAACGAGCUUCAUUUUGAGCCCACCUGUCCUCACUACUAUUUGUUUUCCCCUCCUUUUCUGUGUGUAUGUGUGUGUGUGUGUGUCUCUUUCCACUGGUGUGAGUGAGGUUUCAUUCAUUGUAUGUCAGCGGCUCAGGCCUCCCCUCCAGUCUGACUGCAUUUAACCAAUCAAUCAUGUACAUUUUGGUUGGUUUACUCUGUACAGCGCCUCUGCUUAAGGUCGGGGCGACGGUCUCGACGUACUUUAUUCUAAGGUAUUACAAAUGGAAUUUCUGUGAUUUUCUUUUCUUCACUUUUCGUUGUGCUGUACACUCACUCUCAGUCCUGCUGAGAACAUUAGCUUUUCAGUCAACAUGAAGGAAGAUGUUGUGAAUAUAGCCUGAGUGUGCAGGGGUACAAAAAGGAAAGAACUAUUUGUACUAAUCAAAAAAAAAAGUUAACUUAUGUAAAGUUUGCAGACAGGUCUCAUUUAAAUUAGCCUUUUACUAAAUGCACUUUGAAUUGUAUGAUAGAAUAUCUACUGUUAUUUUUUGUUUUCUUGUUUCCAAUUCAACCAUAGGCCACCUGUUCUUUUAUAUCUGUAGAUUUAUGUAAAUCAGUACAAAUAAAAGAAAUCUGAUUUAACAAUGUU